AACUCUCUCCCCCUCCUCCUUCCUUCUCCUUCCUCUCUGAGUUGAAUCUCAAAUCUCUGCUUCUGCAGUCGAUUCUCUUCCUCAAUUUCAAAGCUUUCGUCAUUUUUUUCAAGAUUAGUGUUAGCAAUGGCGUCGCAUUACAAUAGCUUCUUCGGCAGCAGCGAAGAGCCACACUUUCUGGAAUCUUGCUCUCUCUGCCGUAAACACCUCGCUCUCAACUCAGAUAUCUUCAUGUACAGAGGAGACAAGGCGUUUUGUAGCAAAGAGUGUAGAGAAGAACAGAUCGAGCACGAUGAAGCCAAAGAGAAAAGCUGGAGACUUUCCGCUAGAUCUCUCCGCAAGAAAUCUUCCGAAGCAGCUAAAGAUUCCGCCGCCGGAAAAACCGUACGGACAGGAACUCUCGUGGUGGCCUAGUUGUGUUUUUAUUACAUAAGCAGAUAGUUUUUUCUUUAUAUAUUACCCUCUUUAAGAAAAAAGAAAAAAAAAACAUGCAAAGUUUUGCUCUGUUUCUAUCUUUAUCUUGUUUCCGAUGUCGGAAUCUGAGAAAAGUGUUAGAUCUGGUUUUUAUGUAAAUGAAUGUGUUGAUAGUUUUUUUUUUGUUUA